AGCUCCAUCUUCACGGCCCGAAUCAUCGGCAACAUUGCAUAAGGAAGGUUGAGGCUUAAAGCGCAAGGGGGGUUUCAUCUCCGAACUUUGCAGAGAAGAAGAAGAAGAAGAAGCAGAAUCUGAAGGAGCAGGGCUUCGAAAUUCCUGAUAAUUUCUCUCUUCGAUUACUCGUUCGCCAGUACUGACGAGGCUUACGAAGAUGGGAGAGGAGGGAAAGAAGAAGAGGGUGGUUGUGGAAUCGCUGGGAUGGCUCACGGAGUCUUCGAUCAUGCCGAAGAAGCACAAGGCCAUAGCUGGCGUCGGCGCAUCUUCAAUCAUGGAGCUCAAGGCUCACCUCUAUAUGUCUCAAGAAGAGUCCAAGAGGUCCAAGGAAUUGGCUGGCCCCGGCGUUGAGUUCCACCGUGCCAAGAAGAAGAUUACUCCAAAAGACCUUCUCUCUUCCCACAAUUCCGGCGUUGAGGCUCGCGCUCUCAAGGACAAGCUUGAGCUGAAGGCCAUUAAUGAUGGAUCGGUAAGCUAUGCGGCAUUAGAGAAGAAGGCUGCGAUAUAUGACAAGCUAGUGAAAGGGGAACUUUCAGACGAGGAAGAUAAGGAGAAGUAUUGUGUCGAUUUUUUCCGCAAGAAUCUUGAGCAGGAUGAAUCACAGCUAUCGCAAGAUCGUGAUGCUACUGCACCUGGAGAAAUGGACAUUCCAGAAGAUGAGACUGAGUCAUCAUUCUUGUUUAACCCAAAAACAACGGGACUUGGGAGGACGUCUGGAACAAUGGACAACAAUGAGCACAAGCGCUUUGUGAGGGAAGUUCAUGAAGAAGUAAAUCAAGCAAGAGAGAAGGCAUCUGAGGUGAAAUUACGCAGGCAAGAGCAGGCAACAGCACGGCGCGAGAAACUGAGGCAGGCAUAUCUCCGGAAACAAAUAGAGAAGUUGAAGGCUUCGUCAAAUUCUGGACAAACCUAACUGAGGAAUAGAAUUAUAGCGUGUAGCUUGCCACCAAGUACAAGAUUUCCUCCAUUGACAGCAAUAUAUCCUUGUGGGGGGAAAGAUGAUGGAUUUUGUUUGUUCUUUCCAUCAAUCCUUUCCAUUGUCAAAACUUCUUCAUUUUCACUUUGUAUUAUAAAAUUAAUGUCAUGGAAGAGGAGGAUGUCUUUUAUGCCUCAAUUCUUGUAAUUCUUAAUCUUCCUAUUGAGAAAGAGGAUAGAAUAUGUAAGCUUCACAU